AUGGGCAAACCAGAAAAAAAGACUCCCUCACCAAUCAAACCCACCCGCGCAAGCACAACAACCGGCAUCCGCAAAUCCUACGCCCCAAAACCCCCUCGUACCACCCUCGCCCAACGCCGCCUCGAAACCCACAAUUCGCCUCUAGCCCAAAAACUCUCCCAAAUGCGCCUCACCAUUGCCCCCAUAAUCCACGUCACCACGGCGCUCCCCGCGCCCGACUACCCCCGAACCCUCCACCUCUUCCUCCUCACUGAACCCCAACUCGACGCCCUAGCCACCUACUACUCGCAAACCUCGCCCGUCUCGCAUCUCACGCACGCAUACCCCGCCACAAUGAACUGGAGCCAUCCAUUCCUCGAUGCGAGUGAUGAGUUACCCGGGGAUUGUAAACUGGAUAAGCUAGAGAGACUGAAGGUCAAGAUGAGGAUGUUUGCGCGGUUUAUUGGGAUGAGGGGGGCGGAGACGCCUGGGUGGGAGUAUGAAAGGCAGAUUGAGAUACUGGGGAAUAAGGUGAGAUGGGAGGUUAGGAGGGAGGAGGAGGAAGAGGAGAGGAGGGGGAAGGUGUUUGCGGGGGCGAGGGAGUUGAAGUAA